UAUGGGGACGGGGAGGACAUCACGGAAAAAACGUAGCAGCAGCAGCAGCAGCACCACAAACCCCCCCACGCCGAGAUUUCCAUUCUCCGCUUGUGUAAAAUAACUGACGAAAGCAGCCGACGACUAUGCCCGGUGCGGCGUUAAAGUGCGGGACGACCACUUGACAGGCCUGGGCGGAGGUCUGAGCCGUUUACCGGGGCGGAGGAAUACAGUUCUUCAUAUGGGAGCAGCAUGCGGGAAAUGGUCGGAGGUUGCUGCGUGUGUUCAGACGAGCGAGGCUGGGCAGAGAAUCCGCUGGUUUACUGUGAUGGACACGGCUGCAGCGUCGCCGUUCACCAAGCAUGCUAUGGCAUCGUCCAGGUGCCCACCGGCCCUUGGUUCUGUCGGAAGUGUGAGUCACAGGAGAGGGCAGCGCGUGUGAGGUGUGAGCUGUGCCCCCACAAAGAUGGAGCCCUCAAGAGGACAGACAGCGGAGGCUGGGCCCACGUUGUGUGUGCGCUGUACAUCCCUGAGGUGCAGUUUGCCAACGUCCUCACUAUGGAGCCCAUUAUCCUGCAGUACGUCCCACAUGAGAGAUACAUCAAGACGUGUUAUAUCUGUGAGGACCAUGGAAGGGAGAGCAAGGCAGCCUGUGGAGCCUGCAUGACCUGCAACAGACAAGGAUGCAGACAGGCUUUCCAUGUCACCUGUGCUCAGAUGGCUGGUCUUCUGUGUGAGGAGGAGGGCCCUGAAGCUGACAAUGUCAAAUACUGUGGCUACUGCAAGCAUCACUACAAUAAGAUGCAGAAGAAGUUACGCUCCAGUGAAAAUACAAGCAGCUCCUUCGGUCAUUCCCGGGGUCGCUCCAGCUCCCCAUCACAGGACAAACACCACCAUCAUAGACAGAGGAAGAGUCAUAAGGACAAGAUUCGGCAAAAAGAGCGACACAAGAAGUCCUCUGACAGCCUGGGGUCCUCAGUGACGAGCAACAUUAUCGACAAGAUCUCCUCCAGUCACCACAGCAGCAGCAGUAAAGACAGUGAUGGAAAGGCCAAGAAGCUGAGCUCACACAGUCACAGUCAUCGCAGCAAGAAAACAGGAAGUACAGGGAAGAGCUGCUCUUCAUCUUCCUGUUCCUCCAGCCCCUUCAACACAGGCGGCUCCCUCUCUUCUGCUCAGGACUUCCAUCUCUUCUCCUCAUCCUCCCGACUGGAGCGUGACCAUGAACGUGGAGGUGACGACCACAGUAGCGAGGACCGCAAGGAGUGUCACCGGAGGCCAGCUGUCCAGGAGGACGAUGAGGAAGAGGAUGACGAUGACAAAGAGGAGGAAAAGGACGAGGAAGAAGAAGAGGAGGAGGAAGAAGAAGACGGUAAAUACCACAAACCACCAGCGCUGACUCCUGCUGAUGGCCCCCUGGGGGGGUCACAGGGCCACGACAGGUCAGAGGGUAGCUCGAGCCCUUUUGAGAACAAGGUGACCAUCUCCACCUUUGGCUCCAUCAUGCGCAUCACCUCAUCAUCUGGGCUCAGCAGCAGCAGCAAAAUCCGAAAGAUCUCGUCUUCAGGGGACUACAAGCCCUCCAAGUCUCUGUGCAAACCAUCCCAGCUCAGCACGCCACCUAUCCUGGAGGAGGCGGACAUUGAGGACAAAGCCACACCUCCACCGCUGCCCCGAGAAAGGAGGCACCGUGGCAGCAAGAAGAGUCGCCACGGACCGGGUCGGCCACGAGGAAGCAAGAACCGGGAGAGGAGGGAAGAAGAGCAUCACCACCACCACCACCAUACAGCAGCUCCUCCUCCACCUCCAGCUCCUCCAGCCUUAGCCUCCUCGCUGAGCCCGUCCUCCAUCCCCCACCCUGUCUUCCCGUCUUCUUCGCUGCCUCCUAUUGCCACCUCUUCCUCUUCUUUUUCCUCCUCCUCCUCUUCCUCCUCCUCCGCUGGCAGUUUUUCCACAGGCCGUGGCAACUCGCUGCUUGGCUCCGGUAUUUAUUCCAGUCUAAAGGACCCUCUGACGUUGGGUGGGGGGGUGUGCAGUACCCCCCUCUCUUUGGGUGGGGGGUUGUGCAGCACCUCGUUGUCCCUGGGGGCGGGCAUGUGUAGCACCCCUCUCUCCUCAGGACUCCUCUCAUCACACGUCUCCUCACUCUCGCUUCCAUCAGUCAAUGCCGUCUCCAACACACAGGUCCCUCCAGGUUCCAGCACCUCCUACAGUCUGUCAUCUUCGCAGCCUUUUGCCAGUUGUCUGUCCACAGCCCCGACACUGCCACCACUACUGAGCCAAGCGCAGACCUCACUGCCAGAGUCCGACCUCGAUGACUGUCGCUUUCCAUGUCAGGGGAACUCACCAAGAGAAAGCCUCUCUUCACAGUCUCCCAUGAGCUGUCUUCCUCUUCUGUUCGACCAGAGAGAUGGGCUGGGCGCCGGGGUCCGAGCCCGUCCCGAGAACGUCCCCCCGGCCAGCUCCCACAUCGAGCUCCUGCUGGAGAAACAUGGCAACGGAGAGAUGGGAGUGAACAUUGUGGAGAUGCUCCAGUCGCUCCAUUCCCUGCAGCAGGAGAACCAGCGGCUGCAGGACCAGAUCCUCAGCCUGACAGCCAAGAAGGAACGUCUGCAGCUGCUCAACACAGAGCUGGCUGUGCCUUUCCCCGCUCACAUUCACUCUGCACAGGGCUCCAUGCACUCGUCUGCCCAGAUCAACUUCCUGUCGUCGUCCCAAGACCCUCUGAGCACCAAUAAGAGUCCCCUGCCUAAAACCUGCUUCCUGAAUGACACCUCGUUUGUUACCUCCUCUGAGGAGCUCCACUCUGGUAGCCCGUCCCGCAGCAGCUCCUCCCUUUCGUUCCAGAGCACACCCCCUCCUCAGCAGAGUCCCGCUUCUUUUGGCCAACCGCUGCUCAAUGGGCUGAGUCGAGGCCUGAGCGACGGUUUGGCAUCCAUCAGUCAGGGAGGUGGCUCGGCUCUGCCCGUGGUGGGCGGCCUCAUGGCAUCUCUCACUGGAAGUCCUCAGCUGAAUAUGAAUGGAGUACUAGGGAGUCUGAACGGGGUGAUCCAGUCGCCCGUCCAAACUGGCCCUCAGCCCACGCUGCCCGCCCUACGCCCCCAGCCGCCGCCGCUCAACCCUCAGGCGUUGGCACAGAGCUUCCAGCUUCCCAAGAGUGUGAGCCCGUCUUCCCUCCUGUCAGAGCAGCAGAAACAGCUUCUCCUCGAGCAGCAGCAACAGCAGCAGCAACUCCAGCAGUUCCUCACGUCACAGAACUUCACACCUGAGCAGCAGGUGGUGGUGUGUCAGAUGCUGCAGCAGCAGAGACAGAGGGAGCUGCAGCGCCUCACGCUGACCGGAGCCCUCACUUCCACCCCCAACUCUCCCAUGAUCGCCCAGUCACCCAACCUGCUGUCGUCAGCCACCGCCUCCCCCCUGCAGGGGGGGCAGGGGAGUGGCCUCUUUGGUCUACAGGAGGCUGCACUUCACAAGCCCGGGGCUGACAGUGCAGAGGACAGGACCGGUCAUCACUACACCUUUAAAACUUCUGCGUUUGUGCUUCCUCUCAGGCUGCAGGAGAGAAGAGCGGAGACAAGAAUGGGUGAUGGCCCUUUGGUUUCACAAGAGCAGCUGAAGUGAAGAUCUGGGGCCCCCGGGGGGGAGAGGGGCUCCACUGAACAACGACUGAACAACUGAGGUGUACUUCAGCGUCUAAGACUUUCCAUCUCCGUCGUCUUUCUCUUACGCCCUCUUUUAUGAAUGUAUAACAGGAUGGACUUUAAUGUCAAAGUGAAGUUUUUCGUGUUUAAAAAGGUCUUUAUAUCAGAGGUUCUUCUCAUAGUUUUUUUUUUUUUUUUGUGUGUGUAGGCAGCUUUCAGAGAGCAUGAAUACAGUGGUCUCUUCUUAAAUUGCACUAAAUUGUUAGCUCAACCAAUGGGGCUGCUUCUGUAGGCAGAGCCAGAGUUGUUCUGGUUUGAAGUGUGAGCUCUGGGUCAGAACGUCUCCUCUCUGACUUCAUCAAGCACUGACUGUUGAUGAAUCUCCCUCCAUGGCUUGAACCGGUGUGUAUAUAUACAGCCCGCGGGAAUCACUGACUUCUGCCACCUCUUGCAACCUUAACUGUCUUCCUGGACAUUUUUGCCUCCCCUUUGUUUUCCACCUCCCUACCGACCCAGGUUUCACCCAGGUCUUGUAUAUGUCGCAGCCUCUCACAGCACUUACUGAGGCGAAGGAUAAAUACAGCGUCAUUUUUAGUGUGUGGUUUUGUGACAUUUUUACAUGAAGCUAGUUCUUACCUCAGAUCUUUCUACCUUUGUGCUACCUAUUUCCUGUUGUGUAGAUGUGUGGGUCAUAUUUGUGCAAACUCAUUACCACAAUAGCCUUCACAGGACAGAAACGCCCACUAGAAGCUCAGUGUCAGCUCUUAGGUAUUAACUCAUGAAAGACCCCACUUACACCUGGUAUUAUAGACACGUUGUCCAGAUAAUACACAGUCCAGUCUUGCCUUUGGUGUUUUUAAUGCGUUUUUAUUCUCCUUAUUGAGAUCAGAUCAUGAUAUGAUGUUGCUAGAACAAAAGCUUAUUUAAGAUUAGCAUUAACGGGAUUUUUCAGCUGUGUCAUUUGAAGUUUAGUCUGUGCUGACGUCUCUCUCCACUUAGUCUGAUGUUAAAGUAGCUGUGGUAUUGGACGGUCACAUAGUAUCUGGUCCAGCUCUGUGAAAAACACCUGCUUUACUUAGAACUAUCUGUAUGUUUAUGAGCCUCCUUUAGAUGUUUUACUUUCCGCAGUGGACUCAGUGCUCUGCUCUUAAAUUAGUUUUCAGAUGUCUUCAGAAAUGCACCUGUGUUUCUUUGAACUGUCCAGUUUUGCUUGAUAUUCAGCAUCUUGUCUCUUGAAGCACCAGGGAUGUGACUCUUCCAUGUCGUCAGGUUAGCUAACAAACCUGUGAUGCAAGUGCUUAGUUAUAUUUGCAGGUCAGGGGUCAGAAGGGAAUGACAACGUACUGAUGGUGUAUGAAGAUGGAUGCUGUGAGAGCACAUGAAAUUUGAAACCAAAACAUUUCCAUCUUCCCUUGAUGGCGGACUGUAGUAUCACCAUGAGUCCUGCCCCCUCCAGGUUAGUCUAUGAGACUCAAAUUACACAUCCAAUAAAUUUUUCCUACAGGUGAUUUUAGUCUUUUUAGGCAGAUUUCAUCAGACUGAUUUGUGUUCAAAUAGUCCUGUCUGAUGAUUUUGUUCUGAUCAAGUUAUUUGAUGUGAUUAACAUUUGUAAUGACCAAUCACAGUCCUUAAUGUCAGCCACAUGGCUGUUAACCAGUGGGGGCUCAUGUCCAGAGGACACACGCCCCCCAUGUCUCAACUGUGCAGACUCUGGUUCUAAAUUGUGGAUUUUGGCUUCAUUUUUUUACAUAAUGAGAAGAAACAGCAUCAUGGCGUCCAUCUGCGUGGAUGUAUUAAGAGAACUAAAUAUGUAGUAAUGCAUCCAUGAUGAGAUCAAGCUAUACUGUGUUUAAACUAACCUAAGAUCCAGACUAUUUUGAGCCAGCCUACCUCCAGAUGUGGUCAGGCAGAUCCAAUCAGAAUCCUUUCCCAUCAUCCCCUUCCAUUAACAUGUUUUUCCUGAUGUGGAGAACUAAUACCAGGUGUAAAAGGGCUGUGAGUGUAAAAAUGGCACACACCCCACGUGUCCAAAAUGGCCCAACAGUCCACGACAGAAAAGUAUCAAUGUGGAACAUGUUGAGCACCACAAGAGUUUAUACAGACUUUCUAUAUCCUUCCAGUUGCUAUCGAGAUUAUGCAGAUGAAACCAAACAUUUGGAAACUUUAAGUAAGGAAUGAAUUGUUUCUUUUCUCUAAACAAGUGAGCACUUUGCAUGUUAGUAGCUAACAGAGCAAAUUAGCCAUCAACACAGUACCUUUGAAGGGUGCUGGUGCUGACUAGGCCCCAAGGGACUGACAGGUUUUUGUUCAUGAGUUUUUUGCACUCUGUCCUUAAGUGUCAGUUUUUAUGUUAUUUUCAGACAUAGAUAUUCACGUCCUCCAAAUAGUUGUUCUUUUAGCAAUACUGGAUAGAUAAUGCCUUAAUGAUGUGUGUGUAUAUAUGUGUGUGCGUGUGUGUGCAUAUGUGUGUGUGUAUGUGUGUAUGUAUAUAUAUAUAUAUAUACACACACACAUGCACAAGUGUGUGUGUCUGUGUGUGUUUAUGCACACAGAGAGAUCCAUGAGCCCAAAGGCUUCCUCUCGUCGUCUUUGAUGUUUUUCUUUUUUCUUUUUUUUUUUUUAAUCUUGCGUAUUCGGAGGACUUUGUAAAGUACAAGCACUCUUCCUUAACUCAUUUAUACUUUUUAUAGGUAACUGAUGAUUUCAGCAGAAACGUGUGAAUAACCGUAUAGUGGUAACUAAAGUGUCAAAUCUUUUUCUAUUGUAAUUUUUUUGUGUUCAGAUGCAAUGUUCUUUAGUUGUCUAUGCUUCAGAGAAGUGAGAAACAAGGACGUAAUGGAACUCUUACAGUAAAGUCUGCACUGUUCUGUCAUUUCAGAUGUAUAUUAGCAGUGUAGGAUUGAUAGUGUAGCUGUUCUCAGAGCUGAGAGGGCGCCGAUGUUGUGUAUAUGGGCUUUUACUGCAAGGCUAUCAAAGCCCAUGUAGAAUCUAUGAUAAGCUUCUCUCCACUUCAGUCCACAUGAUCACAUGACGCCUCAGUCCAGCAGGUUUUUGUCAAACAAGGCCACUCACACAUCCAUCUUUUACCCUCCAACUAAGGGACUCUGUCAUCACUUCUUUGUUCUUUAACAAUACACAAAAGACUUUGUCUCUCUCUUCUGUUUGCAGUCGUGAACAUGCUCUCCCAUACAUGUGACAUGUUAAGUGCUAGUUUUUUCAGUAGUAGCUAUUGUAGAUGUCAGAAAGGAACUUGAAGCAGCACAUGUUGCUAGUUGGCGAUAAAUACUGUAGCAACGACAGAAGGAGAAUGUUGAUUAUGACAUGAGCCAACGCGCUGAUAUAACUCCACGUGGGAGGUCUGCAAUUUACCAAGUACGAGGCUGCGUUCACACUGCAGGGCCCAGCAGUCGAUGCUGAUUUACUCACAUCAGAUUAUUUUUUUUUUGUCAGCUCUGCAAUGAACUGGCGACUCAUCCAGGGUCUACCCCACCUUCGCCCAUAAGUAGCUGGGAUAGGCUCCAGCGACCCUAGUGAAGAUGAAGCGGAUUCAGAUGAUGAAUGAAUGAAUGAGAUUUUUUUUAUUUUCUCCGUAGUGAACAGGUCAUGGUCCUGAGCUGACACACACAUAAAAACCACGGACAUCAUAUGAAGCACGUCAUCGUAGUGAAAGGAACACAUGAUAAACAGAUGAUAACAUGAGGCAAAACAUAAAGACAGAAUUGUUUUUUUGCAGAAUGACUGAUGCUAGAGCUGGGUGUUUGCUUAUCAGAUGAUAUUGAUAGUUAUCACAAGAAAUUGUCCAUUUUUGGUCCUGAGUAAAAGUUGAAGAAAGCAGAAGGUCAUUUGUGGCUGAAAAUUAUUUGUAGACAAGACAUAAUUAGAAAUAAACAACAGGAAAUG